AUUCAACUACCCUAGUAAAUGUAUUGAAUUACGUUCUGACCUAAUUUUAGUUGAGGUUGUAUUUUGUUUUUAUGAUUUUAUGUCAUACUUUUUUAUUUUAUUUUUUUGUAAGUAUGUUUUUGUGUGGUGCGACUGAAAGUUUUAUAUGCUAGUGUAUGCUAGACCGCGGGAAGAGACAAAUGACAAGUGUGUCCACAACUCCAUCAAACUCCACAACAUAGUUAUUGUCUUGUUUGGCGUUUUGUUCUCUGUUAGUUGUAAUUCGUGAAGAACUUCAUUUUAACAACACAAAUUUCCUAUCAAAAAUGGUUCGAAAUCAAUCAUUUUUGUCUCAAACAUUGCCGAAUACUACAAACACUGACAACAGUAGCAGAAAGUUUGUCUUGUCGUUUUCAAGUCAAAUCUUCCAAGCCGAAUUCUCGCCCUAUGAAUGGUCCCAGAAUCUGCUUUGCAUAGCAUUGAAAGACAAAGUCGUCGUCGGUACCUUAUCUGUUCAGGAAGAAGAUGAGAACAGUCAAGAGAGUGUAGAGUUCAGUAUCAUUCAUGAAUUCUACCAUGUGUCAAGAGUACAUGCCAUAGCGUGGAGUCCAGACGCAUCAGUCAGUGCACUGCCAAAGUUGCUUUCGUUCUACACCGCAGAUUCAGAUUUUAAAGUUUGUCAUUUUGAUAGUACUCGAAAUGGGAACAAAUUUUUCAAGACUUUAGGCAGCCACACCGAUUAUAUCAAUGCAUUAGCCUGCGACCCUGAACGAAACUAUCUGGCUUCUGUUAGUGAUGAUCAAACUUGUCAGUUGUGGCCUCUUAAAGAUGAAGGGGGCGAAGUCAUAUUAUUUUACCUUUCUUCCCCAGGGAUGAGUGUUAGUUGGCACCGUCAAGAACCCUCUAAACUGCUUGUAGCAGAGAAAGCGGGUCUUAUUCACAUGUAUAAUAUUGAGACUCAACGAGCUAUUUUAUCAGUUGAUGCUGCUCAGGUUCCUCUAAUGUCAGCAGAUUGGUCACCCAGUAAUUGCAGCAGAGUUGGGUGUGUUGCCGGCAGCGAUCUGAUCAUAAGAGAUGUUACUGCUCCUAGUUCGCCUGUGGAAACAAGGCCAAUUCAUAUGGAGGGAGGUCAGCUUAUUAGAUUCUCCCCUACAAGUGAAAAUCAUGUUGCAACUAUUGGACGAAGCGAUCAUCAACUUAAGGUUUCUCAUGUGGGUUCCAGCCAGCCAAUUUUGACUGCAAUGCUUCAGGUCUUUGGUGGUCUUUCAUGGCACUAUCGGUUGCCACUUCUCUGUGCAGGUUCUGAUCGUAAGUUGGUGAUUUUUAAGGUUUUGACUAAGUGAUUGUGUGUUUGUUGAAAUUGUGAAAAUAUGAAAAAAAGGUGUUAUUCAAAUGAAAUUUAUGUUCUAAAGUAAUUGGCUUCAAUUAAUAAGCAUUGUCAAGUUACUGAGCUAACUGUAUGUUUAUUAUUUACAAAACAAGUAUUAAAAACUAUUUGAACUGUA